UGAAGCCCACUGAACUCUACUGAUGGGACUGUCAGUUCAGAGAAGGCUGCAAAGAUGAUGCAGUGGCUCAAUUCAUUAUUUUUCAUUUGGAUUCACUGUCAUAUGUGCAGGACAGACUUCGAGCUGACUUUACUCCACACUAACGAUGUUCACGCACGAGUGGAGGAGACCAACAAAGAUUCGGGCAAAUGCACUACACCGCCGGCUUGUUUCGCUGGAGUUGCACGUAGAUUUACGAAAAUCAAAGAAGUUCGUAGCAACGAGAAAAAUGUUCUCUUGCUGGACGCGGGCGAUCAGUUUCAGGGCACCGUCUGGUUUAACUACUACAAAGGCGAAGAAGCGGCGCAUUUCAUGAAUAGACUCGGAUACGAUGCGAUGGCCUUAGGAAACCAUGAAUUUGACAAUAAAGUGGACGGCCUUGUGGAACCUUUCCUUCGGCAAGUGAAUUGCACUGUUCUUAGUGCAAAUAUUAAAGCCGAUCAAACGAUUGCUUCUCAGAUCAGCGGCUACUAUCACCCAUUUAAGAUCUUCACUGUUAACUCAGAGAAAGUAGGUGUUGUUGGCUACACGUCAAUGGAGACCCCUGCUUUGUCUCUACCAGGCCCACACCUCCUGUUUGAGGAUGAGGUUGCUGCUUUACAGCCUCAAGUGGACAAACUCAUUGCGUUGGGUGUUAAUAAGAUCAUCGCCCUUGGACAUUCUGGAUUUGAAGUGGACCAAAAGAUUGCAAAGACAGUUCGAGGAGUUGAUGUUGUGAUUGGAGGCCACACCAAUACAUUCUUGUACACAGGAACUCCACCAUCCACAGAAAUUCCUGCAGGACCGUAUCCAUUUAUGGUGAAAUCAGAUGAUGGGCGCCAGGUUCCUGUGGUCCAGGCCUAUGCCUUUGGAAAGUAUCUGGGAUUCCUAAAAGUGGUGUUUGAUUCGAAUGGGAAUGUGGUGAAGUCUUCAGGCAAUCCAAUUCUUCUAGAUAACUCAACUGUACCAGAUCCAGUCAUUCAGGCUGAAGUGGACUCUUGGAAGAAGAAUCUGGCCAAUUACUCAUCUCAGUAUGUGGGACAGACUCUAGUCUAUCUCAACGGAACUUUUAAGGAAUGUCGAUUUCGUGAAUGUAAUUUGGGAAAUUUAAUCUGUGAUGCCAUGGUCCAUAAUAACAUUAAAUAUGCUGAUGAAAUCCAGUGGAACCAUGUCAGCUCUUGUAUUCUAAAUGGUGGAUUCAUUCGAUCACCUAUUGAUGAGCGUAACAGAAAUGGCUCCAUCACAAUGGAGGACCUGAUCGCUGUGUUGCCAUUUGGAAAUACAUUUGACCUGGUCCAAAUGAAUGGAUCUACAUUGAAAGAGGUCUUUGAGCACUCCGUUCGCAGACAUGGAGGAGGCACUGGUGAAUUCCUACAGGUGUCGGGGUUUCAAGUAGUGUAUGAUUUAUCAAAACCGUCUGGAAAUCGUGUUAAGAGUGUGAAUGUGCUCUGCACCAAGUGUCGAGUGCCCCGUUAUGAACCGCUCAACCCCAAGAAGCUGUAUAAACUGGUGCUGCCCUCUUACCUCGUGGACGGAGGAGACGAUUACACUAUGAUCAAAGAAAAGAAACUCAAGCACGACAGUGGUGACCUGGAUAUUGCAGUUGUUGCCAGCUACAUCACAGAGAGAAAGAGAGUUCAUCCAGCUGUGGAAGGACGGAUUCAAUUUGCGAGCUCUUGUAUUGGACUUCGAGGAUAUGUGUCUACUAUUCUGCUGGUGUGGGUACACUGGGUCAUGUUUGUUUAGUCAUUUUUUAUGUACUUGUGAAAAAUACGUAGCCAUUUGUGUGUAAUUGUACACUCAGAGAGAGAGAAAGAAAAAAAUAAACAAACAUUUAACCCAAAGGUUAGUUAUUAAGAUUAGUCAUAGAAGCAAACACUGAUGUAGUAAGGAGCAAAGGAAGUCACUCAUCUCAUUACACAAGUUCUUAUUCUAUAGGCUUUUUCUAUACCUCUUCAUACAUAAAAUUCAUAGAGGGUAUACUAUAAUGAAUCUCACAACGAAAUGUCUAGAUCAUCCCAGGCGAAAAAAACGUGCACUUCCAUAAUGCACUUAACGUAAUGUAUUUAGUUGCCACUUGAAGUACACUUGAACCCACUAGCGUAUUGAAGAUGGGUUCAAGUGUACUACAAGUGGCACGUAAAUACAUUUUUAAAAACAGAGAUAAUAUGUUAAAAACAAAUUUUAGUUCAUAUUCAUGAUGUCCCAACAUAGCACAUUUGAGUACACUUAAAUGUUCUUAAGUUUAUCUUAAGAAGUACUGAAGAAUAAUUUUAGUAUGUGUGAAAAUAGAGCACUUUAAGUGCAUUAUAUAAGUUUUUCACCUGGGAUAUUUCACUCCAAAAUACUUUUUGCUUAAAAAAAGUCUAUUUUUAGGCACAUUAAGAUAUUUUUGUAAUAUUUCAUGAUAAUUCAGCUAAUCAAAACCCUAAAUUCUCAUUGCAAUGUGAAAAUAAAUUUGAAGUAUAAAGUAGAAUUUACAUCAUACAUCAUGGUAGCAUGAUUUAAGUCAUGUUGACUUUAACAAUCGGAUAUUUUUUUGUUGUUUUGUUUUACGGUAAAUCAAUUAUUGUUUUUUUUUUUUUUUAAAUUAACUGUCGUGAUGUCCUAAAACAGACUACAUUUUCUUUACUCAAAAAAUAUUUUCAUAUUUUUUUCUCAGUCACUACCUGCACAUCUUUUCAUUAAAUUCUUAUAAAAAGGGUAAAGUUAUUUAUAUCUGAUUUGUCUGUCAUAUCUGAUGUUUCUUGAUGAUGAUUAUGUUUAAUUAAGGAGCACGACUUGUGAUGAUUAUAGAUAGUUGUGGUUUGUCUGGCAAGAAAUCUCCAUCCUCUUUCCUAAGGUAGCUAUAUGUAUAUAAAUAAUUCAUUUAUUGCAAUACAAUUAAUCAGGGACAAUGCAGCUGUAUAUAU